UCAUCGCCUCAACAGCUUGCAUUUAGCAAGGUUCUCUUCGACAGUGGUACCCACAAGGAUACCCCCAGGUAGCUGAGUCUAUAGCCGUGAACUGGCUUACGAUUCUGUCAGUUAGUGGUCCAGUCUUCGACUAAGAGUCAAGUUUGAAACAUUCAAGUGAUCACUACGGUUUUCAAGUCGUAGCAGCCCUUUUACUUUACUUACGAUUUACUUUUCGUUCAAGUUCUUCAUCGUCCGAAUCUACAACUGGUUUUUUUGAAUCCUAUUUUACAAGAUUUUUUAAUUUUACUGAGAAGUGACGAAAAAGAGUGUCAAAAUGCCGGGCAUUGUGGACUGGUAUAAAGAUAUAAUGCAAAACAAAGUUGAUCCAAGGACCAGUGAUUGGUUUCUUGUGGUUGGACCGGGACCUUUAUUAAUGAUUAUUGUGACAUAUAUUUACUUUAGUACCUAUGCAGGCCCAAAAUAUAUGAGAGAUAAAAAACCAUAUUCUCUAAAAAAUGUUUUAAUUAUCUAUAAUUUCAUUCAAGUGGUUUUAAGCAUUAUCAUUGUUCACGAAGGAUUGGCGGGUGGCUGGUGGAAUGAUUAUGGGUUCGGCUGCCAAGCUGUUGAUAAAUCCAUGAGUCCUAAAGCUUUGAGGAUGGCUCGAGCAGUAUGGUUAUACUAUGUCUGCAAAAUAAUAGAACUUUCAGAUACAGUUUUCUUCGUCUUGAGGAAAAAACAACGACAAAUCUCUUUCCUUCACGUCUGGCAUCAUUCCUUGAUGAUUGCUACAGCCUGGAUUGGAGUACGAUUCUUUCCAGGUGGUCAUGUAACUCUUCUGGGUCUUAUAAACUCUUUUAUUCACAUCAUUAUGUAUAGCUACUACAUGCUCUCAGCAUUUGGUCCACACAUGGAAAAAUAUCUUUGGUGGAAGAAAUACCUCACCAGGCUACAGCUUAUUCAGUUCGGUAUCAUCUUUAUUCACAAUGUUCAACAUUUCUGGCUUGGCUGCAACUUCCCAAGAGCACUUACAGUUUUAUUAUGUGCAAAUUCAGGGUUCUUUAUCUACUUGUUUGGUUCAUUUUAUGUUAAAAAUUACUUGAGGCCAACAAAGAGCAAAGAAGCAUUACAAACAAUUCAACCAUCGACUGUUAAUAGUAUUGACAACAAAACCGACUGAUCCAGUGAACUCAUGAGUUCCGUCCUACAUUUGAUUUACAUUCGAUCGACGUCAAAUAGUCAAUGCCGAUCAUGUGCCUAUAUUUCUCUUUAUCAGAGCUUUCUCGGUCGAUGGCUUACCGAUAGAAGUGCUCUGUAUUAAAUACCCGAAGAGUAAAUAACUAAGUAAAUUUUAUACUAAUGCGUAAGCAUUUUUCUAAAUUCUUCUGAUAUGUUCAUUAGAAUAAUAACAAAAUUAUAUAAUAGGUUUAUUGUCAUUGUAGUGGAUUAUUGAGUAUAUUCUUCUAGAUAAUUAUCAUAGGACAUAGAGCAGAAUUUAUCAAUCAAUGCUUUUAUAAAUAAUUGUGAUAAAGGUACAGUUAGAUGAAAAAACUUCAUAAAAAAUUUAUUAGCAAUUUUCUUAGUGUUCACAAUAAUUAUUGAGUAAUCAUUUGUCGACUUUUUAUCAAUUAUAAAAUACAUAAUUUUAAGAGGUGAAGAUCAAUCGAUUAGUAAUUGUUAAAAAUUGUCCAAAGCUCAAUUAUUGAUCAUCAUCUUUAUUUUUUACAUUAUUUGUUUUUAUGUCAUACUAAAUAUCUAUUGUGUAUUUUUUUCGGAAUAUAGAAUGUUUUGAAAAAACCCAAUAGUUUGCUGAAAAGGUUGUACGAAUUAUAAUAAAUUGAUAGAAUGUUUUUUUUAAAAAAAAAAGAAACUUAGAUUACUAAUUGAUUAAUCAAAUUGAUUUGACUUAUGUUAUUUUAGAAAAUAGUCUUAAGUUAAAUAAGAAAUUAUUUUUGGAUUAAUUUAUCAUGUAUAAAAAAGCAGUAUUUUUGUA